AUGAGCGAAGUGGAAGCCUGCGUCACGCUUUUGACGUCUGCUUGGGGACCGUAUAAUAUAUUGAGAAGCGUUUGCAACAUGUUGAGAAAUAUUUUGCUAUUAUGAGUGAGUAGCAAAAUGUGUUGGUGUUGCUUUUCAAAGUUUCAAUUUGGAAUGCAAAACGACUGAAACAAAAUAUUGCGGUUAAUGCCUUCAAAUGGCGCUAGGUGGUGUCGCAGUUUUGCGAAACGUUUAGUGAUGGCGCUAGCUACCACCCCGUUUCAAGCACACGGCGCGAAUUUUGAAGCGGUUGGUUCAGUCGUUCAGUUGAAGCCAUGGCGCUUAACGUUGAAGCACCGGCGAAGGGGCUGCGCGUGUCGGAGGCUCAGAAGGAGACAGUGGUCGCCUUCAUGCAAGAGCAUCCCCAGCUGGCCAUAAGAUCCAGCGAGCUGGGGCCACGCUUCACUGCUGGCGACCGCCGACGGCUGUGGCAGGAGCUAGCCGACCAGCUCAACGCGCAUGGCCCCGUCGUUAAAACCACGGAGCAGUGGCAAGAGUGGUGGCGGAAGCAGGUCUUCGAGGCCCGCCGCAACGCUGCCGCACUUGCCCAAGAACAAAGAAGCACUGGAGGGGGGCGGCUACACGGCUUCUAUGGCAGGAUACUGCAGCUGACAGGGACGGUCCGCCUCCACGGCGUGACCGACCUCCCCUACCAAGAGCAGGCUGACGUCCCCGCCUACUCCAUGGAAGUCGUCCUCGAAGACGAGGCUGCGGGCGUGAGCCCAGUGACACCGGCAGAGGAUCCACCGCGCGGCGCGGCGCCUGCCGAAAGGGUGGCCGCUGCACCUGUGUUGCAGCACCCUGUUCGGCCACCACGUCGACAGCGACCGCGACGGGUGGACACCUUGAUUACGAUGUCGUCGCAGUGCGCCCGCAGCCUGGAACAGGGCGACGAGGUGCUGCAGGUGCUGCGCAGAAUUGAGGCCUCCACAACCCGCCGCGCUGUCGCGGCAGAGCGGACGGCAGCAGCCCAGGAGGGGAUCCUGCAGGAG